UCCAUUUACUUUGGUUAGAUAUUUCAAAAGCAAAAGUGGUUCAGUCUGAGAUGUUUUAUAACUUUUCCUCUUGUAGAUUAAGGCAUCCAGCCCUUUGUUGCAUGUGUGCAUGAGUGACAAGAAAAAUAGCUUUCCUCCCAUUUCUAAUUUCAUUCAUGCAACAGUGCCGGGAUCAGGGCAGCAACCACAGAAGCUGGAUUAUAGUUUACAAAUGGAAACGAAUGAAGACAUAGAUAUCCACAAGGCAUAGGAAAGAGAAUGCCACACGAUAGCUAGCCGUAUUGGUUAGGAGAAUCCAGCAAUCAAAAGUCUCAAUCAUUUGAAAGCAACCAUACGAAGUACCUUUAAUCGUGGCCAACUAUAUAUCUGCAGGCCCCCCUCCUCGGUAGAAUUCUAAUUCCAAGCACAUUCACCUUGAAAGGAGAUGAAAAAAAAAAGAGUUAUAAACUCUCUCUGUAAUUACAGAUAAGAGUAUAUUAACCAGGAGUUAUAUUUAAAACCUUAAAAUUCCAAUAAUGGAGAGAGAGUAUCAUCCAGCAGGACAUGAAGAAGUAGCAGAACAGCCACCUCAAACUCCAAGGAAGAAGAAGAAUAAGAUGAAGAACAAGAGGAGGUUUAGUGAUGAGCAAAUCAGGUUACUAGAGUCCAUUUUCGAAUCAGAGACGAAGCUCGAACCAAGAAAGAAACUGGAACUGGCAAGAGAGCUCGGGCUCCAACCUCGCCAAGUAGCUAUAUGGUUUCAAAACAGAAGAGCUAGAUGGAAGUCAAAACAGAUAGAGCAAGAUUACAGAACACUCAGAGCUAAUUACGACAACUUAGCAUCGAGAUUUGAAUCCUUGAAGAAAGAGAAACAGACCUUAAUGUUACAGUUGCAGAGUCUAAGUAAACUGCUGGCAGAACCUCAUGACAUAAAUAAAGCCAGAAAGGGUCUUGACACAGGCGGUGGUUCGGAAAAUGGAGAUACCAAGUGCGAGCCUGAAGCAGAAGUACAGCCAAGUUUCCAACAGGCAGGAGUAGAAGAGAGGGGAUUCCUUGGCUUACAAAUUGAAAACGACAGACAUAUCGAGCAUGCAGCGCAGCCAGGAGACGAAUUUAUGAGCAUGGAGGAAUAUAGAAAUGACUCCCCUGCAUCACCUGAAAAAUUGUGUGGAUUUGAUUCGUCUGCUUGCAUCACUUGUCUCAGCUCUUCCAAUCAAUUCGCUCUCCCAUCUUCACCUGUCAAGUCUCUCAAGUUCCCUCUCUUCUGGCCCUGGCAAAGGGUGAAGAUGGGUCCUUUGACUGUGUCUCCAAUGGGGUUUGGGACGUGGGCAUGGGGCAACCAGCUUCUCUGGGGUUACAAGGAAUCAAUGGAUUCUGAACUUCAACGAGUUUUCAAUCUUGCCGUGGAGAACGGCAUCAAUCUUUUUGAUACUGCGGAUUCUUAUGGGACUGGAAGACUCAAUGGACAGAGUGAAAAACUUCUAGGAAAGUUCAUUAGAGAAUUUCGAGGGGAAAAGCGGAUAGAAGAUGAGAUUGUAAUUGCUACAAAGUUUGCAGCAUAUCCCUGGCGUCUAACACCAGGUCAAUUUGUUCAAGCUUGCAGGGCCUCGAGGGAUCGAAUGCAGAUUGAGCAAAUUGGAAUAGGACAGUUACACUGGUCCACUGCAAACUAUGCUCCCCCACAAGAAUUAGCUCUUUGGGGUGGUUUAGUGGCAAUGUAUGAGCAGGGCUUAGUUAAAGCUGUUGGAGUUAGCAAUUACGGACCCAAACAGCUUGUAAAGAUUUAUGAUUACCUUAAAGCCAGAGGAGUCCCUCUACGUUCAGCUCAGGUACAAUUUUCUCUGCUAAGCAUGGGAGAAGAGCAGAUGGAGAUUAAGAAUAUUUGUGACUCUCUGGGUAUCCGCUUGAUUUCUUAUAGUCCUCUGGGACUUGGAAUGCUUACUGGAAAAUAUACACCUUCCAGGCUUCCAAGUGGGCCUAGGGGCCUGCUAUUUAAGCAAAUUCUUCCAGGACUGGAGCCCUUGCUGGUUUCCUUAAGAGAAAUUGCAGAAAAACGGGGCAAAACCGUACCUCAGGUCGCAAUAAACUGGUGCAUCAGCAAAGGCACCAUUCCAAUACCUGGAGUUAAAUCAGUGAAACAAGCACAAGAAAAUUUGGGUGCUCUUGGAUGGCGCUUAAGUUCAAAUGAGUUGCUUCAGUUAGAUUAUGCAGCUCAGCAGUCUCCAAGGAGGAUGAUCCAAAAUAUUUUCCAGACAAAAUAAUCAGUUUAGAACUACAGCAUCGAAUCUAUGGCAUGGAGAAAUCCAAUGGGGUGCAAUUGAGGAAUGUAAUUUUGACGAAGUGCAUAAGCACCCCCAAAGAAAAGAACCAUUUUGGGGUGCAAAUCACAGAAACUGCUGAUUAGUGGUAUUUCCAUCAACUAAAAGGGCCGUGGCAGUAGGAUUGCCAUCCUACAACUUUCCAACAAAUAGAAGAGAGGAGGAUUGGAGCAACAUCUGUUACCAAUUUUGCAGCUGAAAUGCAGGAAAUGGCGUGAAGCCUACAAAUGAACAUUAAAUUGUAUAUGAAGCACAACAUACAGUAUUCCAUGUAUCAUAUUUGCAGAGUUGCUAAGUUGUUCAUGCACAAAAUCAUUGAAAAAACUUGCUUUCAGAAGUGGAAAAACGUUCCAAUAUUCCUUUUCA